UAAGCUAACUUAUAGAAAGGAGGAAGAGAGAAAUGGUCAAAUCAAAUCUGAGAGAAUUAAAUGGAGUAGCAACUUACUCAAACGACUUGAGUGACCACCAAAGCAAGUUACCUGAAUCGGAAAGCCGAGGGCGUCAGUUCCCAGCUCAAUUCAGCACCAUGGCCAGCAACCAGCGGGGCUGCGUUGUCAUUGGCAGUUCCCACGAACGAGCUUGGAUUUCAACCUCUCGAAAAUAUUGCUUGAACCUACUUGAUGUGGACACCUUCUCAAAGUCAGAUCCUGUUGUUGUGCUUUUUAUUCAAGGAAUUGGCAGUAAAGAAUGGCGGGAGUAUGGAAGGACCGAAGUCAUUGAAAAUGCAUUGAACCCAGAUUUUGUGCGUAAGUUCGUCCUGGAUUACUUCUUUGAAGAGAAGCAGAACCUGCGUUUUGAUGUGUACAAUGUAGACUCAAGGAGCACAAACAUUUCAAAACAUGAUUUCCUUGGUCAGAUUUUUGUUACACUGGGAGAAAUUAUUGGAUCUCCAGGCAGUCGUAUGGAGAAAACAUUGAUGGGCGUCCCUGGCAAAAAAUGUGGAACGCUGAUCUUGUCUGCAGAAGAACUGAGCAACUGUCGGGACAUUGCAACCAUGCAGCUCUGUGCUAAUAAGCUGGAUAAAAAGGAUUUCUUUGGAAAAUCAGAUCCGUUUUUGGUCUUUUAUCGGAGCAAUGAGGAUGGGACGUUUACCAUCUGCCACAAAACUGAAGUGGUGAAGAAUACAUUAAACCCAGUCUGGCAACCAUUUACUAUCCCAGUCCGAGCACUAUGUAAUGGGGACUAUGACAGGACAGUGAAAGUGGAUGUCUAUGACUGGGAUCGGGAUGGCAGCCAUGAUUUCAUUGGGGAGUUCACCACAAGUUACAGAGAACUGUCCCGCGGUCAAAGUCAGUUCAAUGUCUACGAGGUUUUAAAUCCAAAGAAAAGAGGGAAAAAGAAGAAGUACAUCAAUUCUGGAACAGUGACUCUUCUUUCUUUCAAAGUAGAAUCUGAUUUCACAUUUUUGGAUUACAUUAAAGGCGGAACUCAGCUAAAUUUCACUGUGGCAAUAGAUUUCACCGCAUCUAAUGGAAACCCUUCACAGCCAACUUCUCUUCACUACAUGAACCCAUAUCAGAUGAAUGCAUAUGCCAUGGCGUUAAAAGCAGUUGGAGAGAUCAUUCAGGACUAUGACAGUGACAAGCUCUUUCCAGCAUUAGGGUUUGGAGCAAAGCUACCGCCAGAUGGGAAAGUAUCCCAUGAGUUUCCACUGAAUGCAGAUCCUGAGAACCCAAACUGCAAUGGAAUUGAUGGAGUUUUGGAGGGAUAUUACCAGAGUUUGCGUAGAGUACAACUAUAUGGACCAACCAACUUUGCCCCAGUCAUCAACCAGGUUGCCAGGUGUGCAGCACCUGUGACCGACGGCUCUCAGUAUUUUGUGCUGUUGAUUAUCACAGAUGGGGUGAUCUCGGAUAUGGUACAGACUAAAGAAGCCAUUGUUAAUGCCUCAGUCCUUCCAAUGUCAAUAAUUAUCGUUGGAGUGGGACCUGCAGAGUUUGAUGCCAUGGAGGAACUGGAUGGAGAUGAAGUUCGGAUUUCCUCUAGGGGGCGUAUUGCAGAACGUGACAUUGUCCAGUUUGUCCCAUUCCGGGAUUAUGUUGAUCGAUCUGGAAAUCAGGUUUUGAGUAUGGCACGUCUUGCCAAGGAUGUUUUAGCAGAAAUCCCAGACCAGCUGCUCUCCUACAUGAAGUCAAGAGGCAUCAAACCACGGCCGGCACCUCCCUCUUACAUGUCUGCCUCACAACAAUCAUUCCACACGAGGAUCUGAGGAAAUCCACUCUCUCUUCAAUCAUUUAUAAACUGCUUUUAAUAUAAUUCCUAUUGGAACUUCUGUACGUGUGUGCACGUUAGCGAGAGAAACAGACAAGCAUUGAACAUGCUUGUGUUCCACUGUCGAGACAUUGGCCAUAUUUAUUCCAAAUGCUAAUGUCAUUGUUGUGUUCGUGGUUAACUGAAUGGAAAUAAUGGAAACUUGCUGGAUGAGGUCCAUCUAUUAUGUUGAGUUUGUAGCUUUGUAUCAGCUGCAGCCUCUCCUGUUCAGCAAUCAAACAAACUGUCAUUACGUGCUUUACUGUGUCCUGCUGUGAGCAGCCGGAAAUCAUCAUGCUCCCAUUUCCUAAAAGCCUGUAAAUGCACUUUCGACAUUUAUCCAGAGUGAUCUAGAUAUUUGGUGCAAUGCCAAUAGUAACAGUGACCACAAUAACCAUGAAAGACCAUAAACUGGGUUCUGUCAUCAGUUUUUGAAGCACAGGCAAUUAAAACUCUUACUCUGCCUUGAUAAAUUAGAAGUGACUUUGGACCUGAUGAGAUUCAUGUAUUCUGGAUGCAGUAAAAUCUAGUUGGAUGACAAUGAAUAAUUCAGUUUUCCAACCAAGUUAGUACUAACUUCAAACUUUGUACACAAAACUUUUCCUUGUCUCUUUAGGAGGUCAACGUAAAAUGCAGUAGCUGAAGUUAACAUUGCCCUUCUGCAUAGCAUUGCAACAUGAGCACAUACAUGCACAGGUUGAUCCAAAUAUACUGCACUCAUCAUGUGAAAGCAAUUGGUACUGUCAUCCUCAUCCUCUGCUGACCCACAUAUGUUGUAAUGCCAUCCCUAAUACAGACCUCUUGUGCCCACAUCUCUGUCUGUAUAACCAACCAUUGGAUGAUACAUAAAAAUGACACUGGGUUAACUUGCCUCUAGUUUACACCUCACUGGCAGAGGUUAAUAGAAGAUUCACUCCUCAUAGUGGGAAGAUUCAAUUACUGCUGUCUUUAGUAGGAAUUAGUCCAUUGGGUGUUCAUGAGUAUAAGACUGUAUCACACCACUGUCACACACUUUGUUUACAUGUAAGUGCACUGUCGAACAUUUGUGAUGGUGAUGGCUUUGUUAUUUUUAAUUUUCUCUUCCCCCAGUUAGCUGCACCCUGACUGCAUUGGGCAGACAGCUGCUCUUUGCUCUUUUUGAAGAAGCCCUUCACUCUUAGUUAGCCCCUCGCACUCAAAAUAUUACAAUCCUAUAAAAUGCAAAGUCACAGCACCACAUUUAUAUUAUCACUCCAGCAUGUACAUUGGAACUGCAAUAUGCCAGCUGCUAGUAUCAUCUAACCUCAGCUUUUCCUUUCAAAGCUUCCUACAAUAGGUUCUUUAAAUUUUGGCUUUUGGACAUCCAUGGUUGAUAAUUACUGCUGGGGUCCAUUUCUACUUUAGGACUGCAAUUGUGGGGGCAUGCGGUUUGUGAAUGGUUGCAUGUUCCCAUUCAUGAAGAUUGCAUCACACUGCUACAGAGCAUCAUGGUAUGUACAGUUUGAAUCUUCAGUAUUGCCCUGUUCAUCAGCCUGCUGUAAAUCGGAUCACAGGGUGAAAUGAAAAAUUGACCUGAUAAAAAUGAAGUAUAAGCCAAGCACUUUUUGUGAUGUAGAAUAUCAAUACAAUGCCAAUUCAAGGGUCAUGCCAAACAAUGUGUGUUUUUCAUUAAGAAUCUAUUAAAAGAUGUAAAGGAAAA